UGUCGUGACUUUUCUACCAACUCAUCCAAAGUGCAAUAUUGUUGUGUGAUUUUACUUUAUUCACGUGCUUUAGAUAGAUGACAACACAAAUUACUAUCAAGAUAGAUAAACAGAAGCUAAAUUUUAUUUACAAUUUAAGUAUCCAAAUAUUGUAUGCUUUGUCAUUACAUAAUUCAACCGACUAGAUCUACAACAACCUAUUCUCGGGAACCAGGUUCUGUAACCAACAUCCUACAGACACUUGGCUGGUCAACACUAGCAACACGCAGACAAGGAGCCAGGCUUAUACUCCUAUAUAAGAUCCUGCAUGGAGAAGCAUCAGUCAUUAUCCCAGAUUACAUCAGGAGACCAACUGUAACAACCAGACAAUACCACAGGCACAGAGACAGGUUUUCCAGAGUCAGCACUUCAACGGAUGCCUAUAAAUACAGUUUCAUCCCCAGAACAAAUUUUUGACUGGAACCAAUUACCUGAAAGUGACAUCCAAGCCCCCACAACAGACGGCUUCCGGGUCUGUGUGUGGCAGUUCCUGGCAUGGAUGGUAACUGAAUCAAUACAAAUAGCCUCAUUGAAUUUGAAAAAGCUGCAAAUGAUCUCAGUAACAAAAGAUUGUUAGUGUGCAGUGUGCAGACAGUGGUUAAACAGAAGUUAACAUUCUAUCAGUUUUGGGAUUUUACAAUCUGCUAGAGGAAAUAAUAGGAGAAAAAGGGACCUGUGUGGUAAAAACUUCCUAAAAGUCGUCCUUUAUGUGUUCAACUUUUUCUUUUGGCUGACAGCCCGGUUAGCUUUCCUAGCAUUAGGGUUAUAUAUCAAGUUCCAGAAGCAUACCUAUAUCAAUCUGCUAGGGAACAGUACUUUCCCUUUGGCAACAUACUUGCUACUAGGAACAGGAGCCUUUAUUAUCUUGUCAGGAAUCAUUAGUUGUACUGGGACAUGUAUAGAAAAUAGAUGUUUUAUGGUUAUGGUUGGAAGAGACUGAUGAACUAUACAUAUCUGGGACACAGAAUCAAUGAAACAUCGUCAGUACUGAAAGGUCAACAUCAAAGAGGGGUCUGUGCUGUAGACUUCUCAGAAUACAGAAUUACUAAAAAGAAAGUCUGAGUAUACACCACAGAAACAUGCAGUCAUUUGUAAGAGUAGGGUAUGAUGCAUGCCAAUCAGUGGUAAGACAAAUUACCAAAACGCCAACAUACUGCAAAUUACAACAAAUCAGGAGUACCUGUGUUUUUGAGCAUGAAAACUACACACCAGAGCGAAGAAGGGGAAGUCAUCCAAUAUUUGACCAAAAAUAUGAUGUGAUAAAACUGAUAGAAAACAAACAUCAGAUUCCACUUCCUGAUAUAGAAUGCCUAUUGACUAAAGUAGUUGAUGGUGUAGGAUACCCUGGCCAAGUUGUAAUGGUGAAAAGAUCUAUUUUUAGAAACUCAUUAUUGCCAUUGGGACAUGCACUUUAUCCCACAUCAGAGAACAUUGCUGAAGUUCGACAGAGACUGGAGGAAACAGGAGAAAUUAAGAAAUAUAAUAACUUCACACCAUAUACAAGAAAGUUUUUGAAGGAAAUAUCAGAAUUACACCUUCCCAUACCAAUGAAUGGAGACAGCAAAUGGCAGCUAGAAAAGUCACAUGUCAGAAUAGCUCUCAGACUUUUGAAUGUAGAAAUAUCAAAUGAAGGCUGCAUAGAACUUCCAGAAGAGCCUGUGACUACACCAGGGAGAUUAACUCUUGGAAUAACUAUAAACGAUACAAAAUCAGUGAAGUUUAGAAGUACAGUAUACCUUAAGUACAAAGAUCCAGUGAAAAAAAGAAAGCAUCCAGAGCCACAGAUUACAGUAUGGAGAAAUGAACCCCUAGAAUAUGAUGAAUUGAUACACUCUAAUUGAAUAAUAAAGUUUACUUAAUACUAAA